CCCUCUCCAUACCACGUUGAAUGCAAUGUGUGUGUGUGUACGUGUUGCUUGUUGCGUGCGGGCUCGUGCUUGCGUGAGUGCGAUAGCCAACCCAACUGCGUGUCCCUGCCUGCUUCUGUGUCGUAGGAUUUUGACUGUCUCCUUGCAAAAGUAGCACGUCUUCGCUCGCAACUCUCCACGGUCUUUCUGUCCCUCGAUCUGUGUGGCGCUUUCCCCCGCGCGUCAAAGCAUCUUCUGCGCGUUCCUCGGUAUAGCCCAUUCAACCUCUUCUCCGCAGUGCUGAAAUAGAGAGUGAGUGAAAGGAGGGUGGCAAAAGAGAGAGAGAGGAGCAAGGGGGCGAUACGGGGAAACACACGAGAGAGAGUCAGAGAGAGGGAGAGAGAGAGAGAGAGAGAGAGAGGAGCAAGGGGGCGAUACGGGGAAACACAAGAGAGAGAGGGAGAGAGAGAGGGAGAGAGAGGGGGGGUGCAAAAGGAAAAUUGCACAAUCCGUCAAGGCUCCCUAGCGCGCGGAUCUUUCGACGGCUGCACCAUUAAUUUGGACAUGAGCAUGUUCAGCACGCGGGCACUCACACUCCUCUCCUCGGUGUUUGGGGCGUGCGGCCUGCUCCUGGUGGGCGUGGCUGUGUCCACAGACUACUGGCUGCUGAUGGAGGAGGGCGUCAUUCUGCAGCAGAACCAGAGCAUGGAGGUCAGGAUGGCACUGCACUCCGGCAUGUGGAGGGUCUGCUUCGUGGCAGGACCUGAAAAGGGGAGAUGUGUAGCAUCGGAAUACUUCACCACUGAAGCUGAGAUCGACAUCGUGACCGAAAACACUGCGAAUAUACUAAAGAUGGUACGGACGGCCACACCGUUCCCCAUGGUUUCGCUGCUUUUCGUCUUCACCGCCUUCGUCAUCAGUAACAUCGGACACAUCCGGCCCCAGCGCACCAUCCUGGCCUUCAUCUCUGGAAUCUUCUUCAUCCUCUCUGGGCUGAGCCUGGUGGUGGGCCUGGUCCUCUACAUCAGCAGCAUCAACGACGAGGUGAUGAACCGGCCGCGUGAGCCCGAGCACUUCUUCCACUACCACUACGGCUGGUCCUUCGCCUUCGCUGCCAGCUCCUUCCUCCUCAAAGAGGGGGCUGGGGUGAUGUCAGUGUACCUCUUCAUGAAGCGCUACGCCGAGGAGGAGAUGUACCGGCCCCACCCAUCCCUCUACCGCCCCCGCCUGUCCGAGUGCAGCGACUACAGCGGCCAAUACCUUCACCCCGAGUCGUGGCCUCCUCCAAAGAGGGGCCGCAGCGCGUCUGAAGUCUCCAGCGACAUCUCCAUACAGCUGAACCAGACGCCCCCGCCCCCGCCGCCCAAGGGCAGCUCCAUGCAGCAGCAGCAGCAGCAGCAGGCCCCGUCCUCUGGCCCCUCAUCGGGCGCCAGCUACCAGCAGUCCUCCUCCUCCUCCUCCUACCCCCACCACUCCAUGUCCUCCCACCCCCUCCACUCCAGCCACCACACCAUGUCCUCUCACCCCAGCGGGCCCCCUCCCCAGUCCAUGCCCAUGGCCAUGCCCCCCUCUGCCCAGCCCCCCUCCCCGAUACCACCAACACAUGCACAUGAGUGCCUCGCCAUGCUAGAAGGGGGGAGUAAGGGAUGAGGGAGGGAGGGGAGGGGAGGGGGGGGAUAGACAGAGCAGGGGUUGGCUCUGUCGUAGGUCCAACACACAGAGACAGAUGCAAACACACACACACACACGUGCACACACAGAAGUGUGGGAGGAGAGAUGGACGAGGGGAGGAAGGAAGGAUAUUUAGGAGAUCAAGAAAAAGAAGGGAAUGAACGAAGGAAAGAAAACGAGAUGGGUGGAGGAUGAUUCACAAUUGAUGCUGUGCUUAAGAUGAAGACAGAUAUUUUAAACGAGGGAGAGAGAGAGGGAGGGAUAUGAUCAUUAUUUACACACUAAGAAAAAGAGGGAGGAGGAGAGGUGAGGGGGUCUAUAAGAAAGGGUGCUGCUGUUUCAGAAGAAAAAGAAUACGAUGCAUUUCAAGCACUAACACACACAAGAAUCAAGAACAAAUUGUAUAUGCAUAGAGAUUUAUACUUAAACUGUAUAGACAUUUUUCUUUCUCUAAGUCCUGGAAAAACAAAUGUUGAAAUCUUAACCAUGUUUGUCUUUCAUGAGAUGUGUAUUCCUGUAUGAUUAGUUCUAUCAUUUUAUUCAUCGUUUGUAUUUGAGAGGCAAGAAUUGUGGGUACGAGGACGGAAAUCUGAGACAUCUGAAGAUCAUUCAAGAAGGUUCUGUGACUUAACUGUACAUACUGUAACAUCUCAGAUUCCCCUCUGCAGUAGCAUUCUUGUACUACCCUUACACUCUUGGAAAAAAGGGUUGCCAAAUGUUUCUUCGGCUGUCCCCAUAGGACAACCCAUUUUGGUUCCAGGUAGAACCCUUUUUGGUUCCAGGUAUAACUAUUUUGGGUUCCAUGUAGAAUCCUCUGUGAAAAGGGUUCUACAUGGAUUCUAGAAGGUUCUACCUGGAACCAAAAGGGUUCUACCUGGAACGAAAAAGGGUUCUUCUCCAAUGGGGACAGCCGAAAAACCCCUGUAGGUGCUAGAUAGCAUAUUUUUUGUUGUUGUGUGUAUAAAUGUCCAGGUCAUAGGCUUCAGCAUCCAUAAAAAAAACACUUGAAUUGUUGUUUUAUGUUUUUGACUAAAAUGUCAUGGUAACAAAGAAAAUCCAUAACUUUCCAUCAUUUAGAAAUAUUUACGACUGAGAAUAUAAAAAAAAUCACCCAUUUUACUACGAAGAAUGAGAGCCUAUUUGCAGAUUCCAUGAGACCUAUGAUCCUCCUUUGAUUGCUAAUUAGCUCGAGUGUUCAUAUUCUGUAGCACAUGGCUGCUUACCGGUAGAGUAUCUUCCUUCUAUUCAUAGUUACCAAAAGAGCUUUCCAUACAGCGAUGGAGUAGAUUGAUGAAGUAAAGACUGUGUUUGUUUUGAAAUGUU